CGAUGACCGAGCCACCGAUCCCUUCUCAAGCGUGGCCAGCGGCCUGGAGGAGAUCUCGCCCUUUUGGAGCGGAGAACCCGGGUCCCUCCUCUACCUGUAACUACCAGCAGUGCGUCCCAUGGCCCGCUAAUAAUGACAGACUACAGCGAGGAGCAGCGUAACGAGCUGGAGGCUCUGGAGUCCAUCUAUGCGGAUUCGUUCACUGUGUUAUCCACAUCUCCAGCAAGUUUCUCCAUUACUGUAUCCUCAGAAGCAGGAGAAGAAGAUGAGAAUGUACAAGUCACUCUCAAGUUCACAUAUGUAGCAUCCUACCCAGAUAAAGCUCCUCUAUAUGAAAUAGCCGCACAAGAGAAUCUUGAAGAUGGUGAUGCUUCAGAUUUAUUAAGUCUGCUGGAGCAGCAAGCUGAAGAAAACCUUGGAAUGGUUAUGAUAUUCACUUUAGUAUCUGCAGUUCAAGAAAGAUUAAAUGAAAUAGUAGACCUAAUAAAAAACAGACAAGAAGAGGAGAAAUUAAAGAAGGAAAAAGAAGCUGAAGAAGCUGAAAAGGUGUGUUUCCAUGGAACUGUUGUAACAAUUGAAAACUUUCUCAGCUGGAAAGCUAAAUUUGAGGCAGAAGAAGCAGAAAUGAAAAGAAAAAAACAAAAGGAAGAUGAGCAAUCGGGAAAAAAUAAAUUAACUGGAAAGCAGUUAUUUGAACGGGAUCAUAACUUGGAUACAUCUGACAUCAAGUUUCUUGAAGAAGCUGGCAACAACGUUGAAGUCGACGAAUCUUUAUUCCAAGAUUUGGAUGAUUUAGAAUUGAAUGAUGAUGAAGAUGAUCCAGAUUAUAAUCCCCUCGAUCUAGAAAGUGACUAGAUGGCUAUCCUGUAACUCAGGAGACUGGCAGUUCACAGUAUCUGUGGCUAACAUGUGCAUGUACAUCCACUGCUGUUAUAACUUUUUUUUUUUUAAGUCAUGUUUUAAUUUUCGGGAGAAUACUCUUCUGACGACUUCCAAUUUUUGACGCCUAAUAAAAUUGACUUAAAAAAUGGUUUGUGCUAAAAAACUGUUUAUAUUCAUGGAUUUUUCCCUGCAAUUAUGUUUUUAUUUACUUUUCUCCUUUUAAAAAGACAGUCAAGUCAAAACGUUUGUUUCAGAUAGAUUAUUUAAUUUUAAACCGCUUUCUAAUUUUUCUUCUAGUAUCAGAUUUGCUUUUUUCUCUUGAAAUUCUUUGUUGAAGACUUAACCUAUGUAGGCUGAUAGGAGCUUAGGAGGGUGCACGUCAAUAACAGUCUAUGGCAGCAGUGUUUGCAACGAUGUAUAACAUUGCUAUAAACAAUGUUGCAAACACUGCUGCCAGAUGCAGCUUCCCCCACCCGGAGAUCCUCUCUUCACACGUCAGCAAUGACUAAUCCGGCUUCCUCCAAUCGAGGCAUGACCUCAGGCAAUGUUACCUCGGGGGGGAAGCCGUUAUUGGAGGAAGCCGGAUUAGUCAUUGCUGACGUGUGAUGAGAGGAUCUCCGGGCGGAGGAAGCUGCUCCGGCUGUGAAGAGAAGAAAGCUAAGUUUUUAAACAAAACGGCUGCUUUAUAAACUUUGAUGAAUAAAAAUGUCCCUGUUUUUAAUAGUAUUUUUAAAAACAGGGCUUUCAUUCAUCAAAGUUUACCUUCCCUUUAAGACACAUGCAUGCUCCUGAGCUCACCUAGGAUUACUCUAACAAAGGUUACCAAGAGUUGUUUAAAAUGUCAUUCUCUAUCCUAUCCAUUUAAGUUUAAUUUUGACUUUACUGUCCCUUUACCAUUUACAAGAGCAAAUAAUGUUUUCCUGUUAAUGUAGUUAAUAAUACAAUAAAUACUGCAGACACCAUGAUAAUUAGUCUUUUAAAAACUGCGGCCACAAAUGUGCUAAACUUUUAGUGUUUGGUCAGUUAUGGUUUGUGAAUAUCUUUAUUACUUAUAAUUUGCAUAUAUUUUGAAUUGUUUCUAUAAAGGUAAAAAAACUACA